AUGUAAUCGCCUAAUUUCUCAUCUGAGAGAUCUUCAGAAUAAAGUUUAGAUAAUAUCUCAGAAAUUAGUGAAGGUUAGCAACCCUCAAGAAGAAAUAUAGCUGGGAAUGUAAUGUUUCGGAAUCCAGUCGAUGAUAAUAGUCAGAGUCCGGAGUUGCAGGAUGAUGAUGUUUACUAUAACAAAAAUGAACGGGAUCAAAAAUAGGGUUACCAAUAGGAUAAGAACAGGCAGGAGAGCGGUCGUAUCAGAAUUAUUCAGAAAUAGUUACCCUCAAAUAAACAGAAGAUUGAAAAGUCUAUAGAUCAAAAGUCAUCAAUUGACUUGGAGGAGAUAAAGUCAGAAAGCUAGGUGGAUUAGAGGCUGAGACAUGUGGUAAAUGCGCCUAUAAAUAGCCAUGAAAGAGUAGACACAAGCCAUAAUAAGUUUAUUGAGCCUUACUAAUUGAAAAGAUAGAUUGCUAGUGAGGCUGAUGAGGAUGAAGAUAUGGUCAUUCAAUCAGAAAGAAGCAUUGAAGUCUAAGAUAAAUCUCUUGGGCUUGAAGAGUCAAAGAUUAGCUAGGCUUUUUCAAAUAAUAACAAGAGCAGAAGCAACAAUUAGUCCAAUGUCGAUUUAAAUACGAUAGACGGCGGAGCAGAUAUUGACCUCGAUGUGAUCUAACUCGAGUUGGAAUAUGAAUAUCAUGACCCUUAAUUAGAUUUGUACUAAGAAAUUCCUCAAGAAUUGUAAAUGAAUGAAGAUAUUGAUCCAAAUGAGAUAAUGAAAGAGAAGGAAAAUCAGGAGUAGAUUUUGAGACUACUACAAGAUAGGCUAAGUGCAGCUAUUAAUCCUGAUUAGAAUGAAGUUUAACCGAGAAUAGCAUCAAUAGUGUCAGAUUAAUCGAAGUAAAAGUAAAAAUAAAGGUAAAACGAAAGAGAUUCAGAGUAUUAUUAGAAGGAUGCUAGCAAUGGAUUAUCAUAUACGAAGAUGAAGCAAGUGAUCAAUAGAUUGCAUCCUAGAGUUGUGAUAGAUGGAGUUAAGAGGACAUAUCCAUUGUGCAAGACAAAAACUGGCUGGCAUUGCGCUUGCAAAUCAUGGCGAGACUCUGAUAUCAGAGAACUAGGAGUUGGAAUUUCAGUCUACUUUAAAAUGCUUAAAUUCUUUAUGGUUCUGAUGCUUUGGUUCGCUUUCCUAAGUAUACCAUCAUAUUUCCUUUAUUAUACUGGUAAUGAGACUGAAGAGAAGUCCAAUUCUAUUAAAUUCUUUUUAUCUGCUUUUUCUUUGGGGAAUAUCGGCUAGUAAGUUAAUGUAAGACUAUUCUGCUCUUAUGGUUCACUUGACGAUCUCAAGAUAUAUGGGUUGGGUAAAAAUAAAACAAAAUGCCCAAAAGACACAUUUGAUGUCUUGAAUGUUGAUGGAUAAUGCAAUUCUGAUACUAUGAAUUAUUAGUACCAAAGGAAGGUAAAUGAUAGAUUUCAAUCUGAUUGCCAUGGAGAAAAGAGUUGCAACUUUACUAUAAGUAUUAAUGAUUUCAACUCAACUUGCUAGAAAAAGAUAGUUUUACCUGACAUUAUGAAUGAGGAUCCUUAUAUAUUCUUCCCAGCAAAUAAUGAAACUAAUAGUUCUAGCAACUAAAACAGGCUUAUAUAUGUUUAAGCGAUUUGCUAAGAGAUUUACAUUGAACUACCAUAUAUAAAUUAAGCUAUCAGCAGAGAGAAUCUUGGCUUGAUUGUAGUAAUACUAGAUGUAGUUAUUAUUUUUUCUCUCAUUUUCUCGCUCUAUGCUCUAGAAGCUUAUGAAAAAAGGGAGGAUAAAUUAAUCAAUAGAAGUCUAUUGACAUCUGAAGAAUUCGCUAUUGUCAUUAAACACUUACCCUCAAGAGAUGAUUAUUUCUCAAUCAAAGAACUUAAGGUUCUACUUUGGAAUCACUUAGAGCGAGUGAUUAAAAAUGAACCCUAGGUUUUGCUCCUCAACAAGCAAUCUCAAAAUGAUCAUAAAAUUCUUAAUAUACAUUUUGGCAUGACUGAUUUUGGAAAGCUAAAAAUUUUGAUCAGAAUUUAUGACUUGCUUAAAUAACUCUUUAGAAAUGAAGCAAGGAUGGCUAAAGAUUCUAAAAAUGAAAAGAAGUACGUGAAAGUUCAGGAGAAGCUAGAGAAAAGAAUAGAAAAACUAAUUGCUUCCUAUCAAAAGUACGACAUCAAGUUUUCCAAUCAAGUGAUAAAGGCUUAUGUAACUUUUAGAACUCUUGAAGGCAAGGAGAGAGCAAUUAAGGCUUACAAAGUCGGUAGUUGCAGAAGAAGAUGUGCUAACUGCUGUGGAUCUAAUUACUAUCGCAAGAAAGAGUAAAUUAAACAAUAAUAUUAACAUUAUCAUCUUCUAGAUUCCUAGGAAAAUGGUUAAAAGUCAACUGGCACCUUUAUUCUCAUAGUAGUUGCUAGAUCCUAUUAAAAGGAGGUUAAGGAAUAUUCACCUUAGAUUGAUUGCCCAGAUAUUGAUAUAACGAAGGACGAGGCUUUCAAAGAUCAACGUAGAGAGUCAGAUAAAAGAUUAGGUCUAAUGCAUUGCUAUUGCCUCAGUCAAUUUUACAAGAUCAGUUUUGAUAUUGUGAAUAUUGUGUUCCCAGAUAGUAAGAAGUACUGCGGAGAGUGGCUGAAAUUAUAUACGUUAUCAAAUAGUUUGGUUUAUCUUGUUGCUUUUGGUAUCAGUAUUGUGAACAUGAUUGUCAAGUCUUUUAUGAGAUAUUUUGGUAUUUCAAUAAAUAAUUUCCCAAUAUUUGCUGGUGAAUACGAUGAAUUUACAGUUGAGUGGUAUAGAGUUAUUGGUGCUACUAUUAGUUUCACGCUCUUGAUUAAUAUAUUUACACCUCACAUGGCCAAUGGGAUGUUUUAAGUUAUUGGUAUGAUUAAAAGAUGCAGAGAUCGUGGUUGCACUUGUGAUAGGAGAAAGACAAAACAGUUAUUAUAAAGUGAUUAUGAGGAUAUGAAUACUGGAACAAUGUUUUUAAUAGAAUACAGAUAUUCCUAGAUCCUCUCUACUUUGUUUACAAUCAUGAUGUACUCUAGUGGUAUCCCCAUUCUCUACAUUAUAGCUUUAUUCUCUUUCUUCUUUCAAUAUUGGUUUGAUAAGCUAUUCUACUUAUCUAAUGCAACUAGGGCAUUGAUGAAAUUCAGUCUGAUCUUGCAUUUCAUUAUUGGCUUGUAUAUGUAUUCAAACUCUUCUAUUCUUACAACAGUCUCAAUAAGCACUGAAAUAUUUGACUAGAUUGAUACUGAAAACAGAUACUUUAAUCGUAGUAGGUUUACAAACCUUCAUAUGUUGAUAUUCAUUGGUGCUUUCGCCUUGAGUGUUGUUGUUUUUAUCUUCAGAGUAACCCUAUUCAACUUCAUCACAUGCUGCCGAAAGAUUGGUGCUAAGAUUAAGUAAAAGUUCUUUGAUGCUGAGAUUCUUACAGAUGAUCUUAUCAAGGAGCUUAACUUCCAGCAGCUAUUCUCAGAAUUUAAGAAGACCAAGUUUGAUAUGAUCGAGUAUAAGGAAUUGCUAAAGUAUGGAGAAAUAAGGCAGCAGACAACUCUUGAUGUUAACUAAUUCCUGGAUAAGUUAGAAGAAAAACAACUUAAAAUUAUUGAAAAAUUCCAAUAAUACUUUUAGAAGUAUGAUAUAAAGCCAAAGAGUCUAUAAGAUGGAAUUGAAAAGCUUAGGCAAAAGCAGUUCUAGAUUAAAUUUGACAGUCGAUUAAGAAGUGUCAUAUACUCCUAUGACUUAAAGGAUAAUGAUUAGUACAGGGGUAUUCAGGAAGUGGAGCAUUAUUUAAAGGCUAAAAAAUAAAUUAAGUCAAAUGAGUCAAAGAAUAACAAGGAAAAUCAACUUUGA